AUGAAAGUAGCCCGUAAAAAGAGAAGAAGCAUUGUUAGAAUUCUAGCGUCACUCGUACCGAAUUUUUUAUGGCAUUAUUUUAUACCUGUACCGCCUAGAAUGUAUCUUACGUCUACAAUUAUGAAUAGUAUAUUAUCAUUAAAACACAUUACUUAUUUUCAUCCUGAAGAAGAUAGUUUUUACAGUUUCAAAUCACAUUUUAACAAACAGAAAAAAGCUCAAAUAUUAAAUUCAACACCUUUAAAAAGUAACAUCUGCGAAAGCAAGAGAAUAACAGCUCUUCAAAGAGAACUAGAAGAAAUUAAACAACAAGUUGCCAAAUUAAUGGAACACCAAUGCGAGCAAAUGAUGUCUUCCGGAUAUGGAACAUCAACAAAUCCAUCAGAACAAUCACAAAAAUCUCCAACACCUACAGCACCUCUCCCACCACCACCACCACCUCCUCCUCCUCCAUUACCAACAUUUGAAUUAUUACCUACUCCGAUUAAAUUAGAAAAUAAGAAAAAAACUGUGAUUCCGACAAUGAAAAAUGGAUUACCGACAGGAAAAGAAUUACUCAGAGAUUUGAAAAAAGUUCAAUUGAGAAAAAUAGAAAAAUCUCCAGGUGGAGGACCAUUGAAAAAACCUAAAAAAAUAAAUAAUCCUGGAGAUUUUCUCGAGGCUGCACUUAAGAAAAGAUUUGGUCUUAUACAAAAUUCAUCUGAAUCAAGCAUCAAUGUUGAAUCAUUGGAUUCACACGACUCAUUCAAUUCCGAUAAAAAUAAUAGCAGUAGUAAUAACUAUCAAGUUGGUAAAAACAUAAAAUACACUUUUUCAUAG